AUGAUUCAGUCUCUUGCUCUCUUGGCUCUUGCCAGCCCGGCCUUCGCCGGUGUCAUGCAGGCCCGUGGUGAAGCCUACGUUCACCCUGCUGCCCAAAGCUCUGUUGCUCACCAGGGAGCUGACAGCUGGGGUAACACCUGGAGCCGCCCUGCUGAGGAGUCCUGGACCAGCCCCUGCUCUACCAGCACCACUCCUACUCCCACCCCGGAGACCACCACCACUCCCUGCACCACCAGCACUCGCACCACUCCUACUCCGGAGACCACCACCACUCCUUGCACCACCAGCACCACCCCUGUCACCACCUCUACCAAGCCUCACCACACCCCUGUGAAGCCCACCACCAAGACCAUCACCAUUGUGACCACCACCUGCCCUGUUACCUCGUCGACUGUCACCUCUGGCACCUCGACCUGGACUGUCCCUGUCACCCAGACCAGCACCAUCACCCUGACCAAGACCACCGUCUGCACUCUGUGUGAGAACGAGAAGCCCGUCACUAUCUUCAACGCCACUGUCCCCGCCACCUCUGCCGUUGUGGAGACCACCUCUGCUGUUGUUAUCGAGUCUUCCUCUGUUCCUGCUGUCCCUGCUGUCUCUACUACCUCCAAGGCUCUCAUUCCCACUCAGUCUCAGAAGCCUGCUACUUCCGUUGCUGUCCCCAGCUCCGUUGCCCCUGUUGCUGAGACCUCUGCUGCCGAGACCCCUGUUGCUGAGACCUCCGCUGCCGAGACCCCUGUUGCUGAGACCUCCGCUGCCGAGACCCCUGUUGCUGAGACCUCCGCUGUCGAGAGCUCUACCCCUGCUGAGACCGAGGCUGCUAGCUCCCCUGCUGCUGCCACCACCGCUGCCGAGGCCACCUCCACUGGUGUCUUCACUGGUGCUGCCUCCAACGUCAAGCCCGCUGCCGGUCUCCUGGCUGGUAUGAUUGGUCUCUUCGCCAUGCUGUAA